CACUGAGAAGCGCAAGCCCAGCUCUGUGGUUUAUAGAAGCAACUCCACACACCGCUAGUUCCCGCUUUUACUGGUUGUUUCUUGUUUUAGAUUAUAUGGUUUUCACCGUAGACGCUUCUAACGUUUUUCUCUUUCGUUCGCUUUAGGAAUUAUCUGUUGAUUUUCAUUGCGAUGGCACUUGUACGUGAGGUGAACGAUUAGUUUAUAUGGGAAAUGGGGAAUCAGAGCUCAUCUGAUUUCUCUCACAUGUAGGCGUUUUUACAGCGAACGACGCGUGAUAGGCUACAGAUCUUGUCUGCUUUUCUUAUCAAAUAAUCAGAUACAUCUCUUGCUCCACCGGUUUGUUCGGUCACACGCACCGUAACAUGAAGCUUAAACAGUAGACAUUUUUUAGAAAAACAUCAAAUUUGGAUAUGGAGUCCGUCAAGAUGAGAGCCAAAGAGGGGAUAAAGGAAUUUGGGGCGAAGACCCUGGGACAGAUGUACAAGGUGAUGGAGAAGCGACAGGGAACUGGUGAAGUUAUCGAACUAACAGAGGACGGCAGGCCCUCUGAGGCCCAGGAGAAGAAAGCACCCCUGUGCGACUGCACGUGUUUUGGGCUGCCCCGCCGAUACAUCAUCGCCAUCAUGAGCGGUCUAGGCUUCUGUAUCUCCUUCGGCAUCCGAUGCAAUCUGGGCGUGGCCAUCGUGGGAAUGGUCAACAACAGCACGAUUCACAAAGAUGGGAAAAUCAUCAUCACAGAGAAAGCAAAGUUCAACUGGGACCCAGAGACAGUCGGUAUGAUCCAUGGUUCGUUUUUCUGGGGCUAUAUAGUGACGCAGAUCCCGGGAGGGUACAUAUGCUCGAGACUGGCAGCUAACAGGGUUUUCGGUCUUGCCAUUUUCCUUACCUCAACGCUCAAUAUGUUAAUCCCCUCGGCGGCACGGACGCAUUAUGGACUGGUCAUCUUUGUGAGGAUAUUGCAAGGGCUGGUGGAGGGAGUAACCUACCCAGCCUGCCAUGGGAUCUGGAGUAAGUGGGCUCCCCCUCUGGAGAGGAGUCGCCUGGCCACAACCUCCUUCUGUGGUUCAUAUGCUGGUGCUGUCAUAGCCAUGCCUCUAGCAGGGAUCCUGGUGCAGUACUCAGGCUGGUCCUCUGUGUUCUAUCUCUAUGGGUGCUUUGGGAUCUUCUGGUAUAUGUUCUGGAUCCUUGUGUCGUAUGAAAGUCCUGCUGUGCACCCUACCAUCACCCAGGAGGAACGAGUCUACAUAGAGGAGAGCAUCGGGGAGAGUGCCAAGCUCAUGGGCCCUGCUGAGAAAUUUAAGACCCCCUGGAAAAAGUUCUUCACCUCCAUGCCUGUCUAUGCAAUCAUCGUGGCCAACUUCUGCAGAAGCUGGACCUUCUACCUACUGCUUAUCAGUCAGCCGGCCUACUUUGAGGAGGUGUUUGGGUUUGAGAUAAGCAAGGUUGGCAUGGUGUCUGCCCUGCCCCACUUGGUGAUGACAAUCAUUGUGCCCAUUGGAGGGCAGUUGGCUGACUACCUACGCAGCAGGAACAUCCUGUCUACCACUACAGUCAGGAAGAUCAUGAACUGUGGAGGGUUUGGCAUGGAGGCUACGCUGCUGCUGGUAGUGGGAUUUUCCCACACCAAAGGGGUGGCUAUUUCCUUCCUGGUCCUUGCUGUGGGCUUCAGUGGAUUUGCCAUAUCAGGAUUCAACGUCAAUCACUUAGACAUUGCUCCACGCUAUGCCAGUAUCCUUAUGGGCAUAUCCAAUGGUGUGGGCACCCUGUCUGGCAUGGUAUGCCCAUUGAUCGUAGGUGCCAUGACAAAAAACAAGACUCGAGAAGAGUGGCAGUGGGUGUUCCUCAUCGCUGCUCUGGUUCACUACGGGGGAGUCAUCUUCUAUGGCAUCUUUGCCUCUGGAGAGAAGCAGCCGUGGGCCGACCCAGAGCUGACCAGCGAUGAGAAGUGUGGCUUCAUCGAUGAGGAUGAGCUGGCAGAGGAGACGGGCGACAUCACCCAGAGUUACGGUGCCCUGGGCGGCGGUCCGGCCAAAACGUACGGUGCCACUACGCAGAACGGGGGCUGGGCUGACAGCUGGGAUAAGAAGGAGGAGUUUGUCCAGGAAGAGGCAGAGGGAGGGCCGUAUGGCUACAGGCAGGACCAGGACUACUCCUAGAGACAGGAGACUCACUGACCAUCAAACGGUAGACUUAUUUUGUAUUGUUUACCAGUUUAGACGAAACAAGUCAAAAACCAAACAAAAAAGAUAACAAUCCAUUGUUGUAUGUUUGCACAAAUUCUAAUCAUUAAUUCUAAAGAUAAAAUUUGUUCAAAAGAUGAUUUUAUUGUACAAAUAAAAUAAAAAAAUAUAGAGAUGUAGCACAUAAAAUUGACAGAUCUAUUUGUAAAUGUAAUAUGCAUAUAAAUUAUAGAUAUAUUUAUUUGGAGUGCAAUUGUGUGUAAGUGUGAACCAUUUCCACCUCAUCAAUCUGAGCUUCUUCAUUCUGGAGAAGCCUGUUAUGUGCGAUCAGACAAGAUUUAACUGGCUUCCUGGAUCAUCAUGCCUAACUGGUUCUUAUUACAACUCCUCAUGAGCCAGCCAUUGCAGUGUAAAAGAAACAUGUCACUGUAAAAAGGGGACUUAACCAGGAAUUGAGACUGUAUGUCUUAGGUUGUACAGUAUCUCUUCUGAAUGCACUGAAAGUAGUGUCCUUUCAAUGCAUAAUAUAAUUUUCUUUUUUUAUUAUGUGUUUGUAUAACUGUCUUUACCACAGAGGCAUAAAGAUACAAUAAUGUUUUGAAGAACAACAUAACACUUUCGCUAGUUGAUGUAAAAGUCUUAAGAUGCAUGAAAGAAGAUAUAAUGACGAAGCGUUGCUCACGUGUUUACUGUGCCAUUUUGAGAGCUUGGGACUAUACGGUUCUAUCUGCAUUUCUUUCUAAAUGGAGUUAGUGACAUAGCCUUGUUCUGUUCAAUGUUCUCUACCUAUAUACCCCAAUUCAAGUUGUUAAGUUCAAAAGAAUGCAAGAUAAAAAUAGCGGACACCAUUCAAACCAAUGAGGGUUCGGAACUUUCAAGCCAAUUAUCUGUAAUGAACACGACAGAGAGCUGGUUUCAAGCGCAGGGCGCAGCAGGUGUUUAUUGUAAAGGACCACAGGAAGAGGCAGGUAGCUGGGUCCAGGGACAGGCAGAAGGUUAUACACAGGGGGUCCAACAAGGCAACAGUACAGGCAGGGAAAAGGCUAGUAACGUCGUCUGGGAGAUCAGGCCAAAGGUUGAUAACAGGAAAUCCGAUAGGCAAAAGUACAGGCAGGGAAUAGGCAAAAGGCAUCGUUAGUGAGGCAGGCAAAAACUAUCAUAUAUGGGAGAAUUACAUUAUGGGAAAAACAGCGCUCCCAAUAGAAGUGUGUCACAAAACAAACAAUACCUCACAAUGAUGGGGUGCAAAGAACUGAACUAAAUAGUGUGUGAUAACGACAUACGGGUGAUCAGAAUUCAGGUGAUUGGGAUCUGGAGUUAGAGCUUCGUUCAGGGGAUCUAUGUGUUUGAGAGUGUAAGUUGGAAGUAGACACUACAUUAUCUAAGAAUCAUCUUUUUACAGAUAGAACCUUAUAGUCCCAAGCUCUCGAUUUCAUGCCUAUAACAAUGUUACAUCUAUAAAUGUUUAUGAUUGGAGGUUACAAACAUUCAUAACUCGGUUAUGUAAUUCUUAUGAUCAUUAUGACCGUUUUAUUGUCUGGUCAAUUCAAGUCAUUUCAAUGAGAUUUGUUGUUGUUUAAAGGUAAAUGUUUGUCUGAGGUGACUAAAGAAAUAUAACAUGGACAAUAUAAAGAAAUGCUGCCCGGCACUAUCAAGGGCCUGUGCAAUGCAGAGAAAGACCAGCCAGCCGAUCCAGAAGUAGCCAAUCAGUAUAUCUACUGUACAGACAGUCCGUCAGCAGGAGAUAUGUUUUGCUAAUGAAAAGGAAACAUUUUUAGACUGGGAUAGUGAUCCAGAUAGACAAUGUUGUUAAAGAAAACUAUACCUUGCAGUCCAGGAGGACAAUUAGCCAAGUUGGUGAUUGAGAUUCAUAUUACGUCUACUUGUAAAAACAUUAGAGCAUUACUGAAUAAAAAAACAUGACAGUAUAGCUGUGACUGCCUAUGUAAUGUAUGUCACAUUGAACGUUUACCAUUCCUUAAAGAGUAGGUAGACAAUCAAAAGAGCAGCAAGACAUGAUUUAGCCAGUGUGUAUAGAGUGGGAAUGACCAGUGUAGAGAUACUGGGUUCCAGUCAAUGAUUUAUAUAUACACUCGAUGACUGACAGGGGCCUUGUUUAGAAGCCACCGUGCCUCCAUCUUGGCACUCCCAAAAUUGUAAAUAAAUAUUUUGGAAGCUAUAGAAAUUAAUUUAUUAUUGUCUACAUUUGUUUUUGCCAC